AUGAGCCGGCUGGCGAGGCCAAUUAGCGUCGCUCCAAUGAUAGACGUGACCAAUCCCCACUUCCUGCAAAUGCUUCGGAUUAUAUCACCUAGGUACUCCUUAUAUACCGAAAUGAUACACUCUAAUGCUAUCAUAAACCAUCGAGAAGACAUAUCAAGGUUUGCUGGCGUUGCACAUGAAGAUACGGUAGUCCAAUUAGGCGGCUGCGACCCAGGCAACAUGGCUCUUGCAGCCAAAAUUGUGCAAGACCAUGGCUUUAAGGAGGUGAACAUUAACGUCGGUUGUCCAAGUGAUAGAGUCCAGCAUGGUAACUUUGGAGCUGUGCUGAUGAAGACUCCUCAUGUUGUGGCAAAUAUUCUAAACGAAAUGGAAAAGACAUCGGUUCAGAUCCCUGUUACCAUCAAAUGUCGAACCGGAGUGGAUGAUCUGGAUUCGAUAGAAUUUUUACACAACUUUGUGAUACAACUAUCCUGUUCAAGACCUCCUCCUCACAUUAUUAUUCAUGCCCGAAAAUGCCAUUUGCGAGGUUUGUCCCCUCGGCAAAAUCGGAAUAUACCCCCUUUAGACUAUAAUAGAGUUUGGCAAACUGCCAAAAAAUAUCCACAAGCUGUAUUUUCUAUCAAUGGUGGAUUCAGAACGACAGAAGCAGUGAUAGAAGCUAUGUCAAAAAUACACGGUUGUAUGGUCGGACGUGAAGGUACGUGCAGCUACCACUUGAAUCUAGUAUUCCACUUUCCUGAUGCUAAUACUAUUCUCUCUCCAGUGAUGGACAACCCGAUGUUCCUUCAACAACUCGACAGAGGUCAGCUGUUUUCCAUCGAUGUUUAA